AUGGGAACGCAGAUCUUAGAGGAUUCGAAGCUGAACAUGGAAGCUACGGAGAGAAGAGUAAAAAAAAAAAAAAGGAGGAAAAGUGCGAAGAAUUUGACAAGCUCCAGAAAUUUCGUGGCAAAUGGCCAGCAUUACGAAGCUGCAGUGAAGUUAGCAGAGAACGAGAAUACAGGGAGGAAGAAGAAGAAAAUGAUGGUUGAAACUGAGGAAAUGAGCAAUCUUGACCCAAAAAGAGAACCAAAACCUGCAUUGGAAGAAGAAAGGAACAAGAAGAAGAAAGAUAAGGAGAAACAUAAAAGGGAUCCAAAAGAAGUCAUUUUGGAAAUCUCAGAUAAAAGGCAGAGAAACAAUUUGGGCAUCGAAGAAGAAAUUGGGGGAGCAAAGGAUCAAAAUGAGCAGAUCAUGAAGAAAAAGAAGAAACAUUAA